AGCCGCCGCAGCCCUCGGGGCCGAGCCCGGGGCCUCCCGCCGCCGGCGCCCCCGCCCCGUUGGGGGGCGCAGGUCGGGGGGCCUCCCGUCGAGGGCCACGGGCCCUCGGCGGCCCGCGGCCGCCCGCGGAUCCGCCCGCGGCGGCCGCCCCCCGGGGAUGUCGGGCGCCUCGCUCGCGGAGCGGCGCGGCCUGCCCUGGCGGCCGGCGUCGGCGGGCGGCGGCGGCUGCCGCGGCCGCGCGGCGCCGGAGGGGCGCUGGCCCCUGCAGGCCCGGGUGGCGGGCGAUGUCGCGGCCGCCAUGGUGGCGGAGGUGAGGGCCGAGGUCAGGAGUACGGUUGUGACCACCGUUGUGCAGGAAGUGGCGGCCGAGAUGCAGAGGUCGCUGUCGACCAUGUCGCAGUCCCUCGUGGCUCGGUUUCAGCGGGACCUCCGCGAAGAAGGGGCAAAGAUCCGCGAGGGCUUCGCCCAGGUGGGUGAGGCACUCGUGUGCCAGUCAACGGAGCAAUUGGUCCAGCUCAACCACUCAAUUUGCAAGAGUAUCGAGGAUUGCACUGUAGGUAUUGAUUCCACCCAGUUGGCGGAGGCCGUUGCCAAAUGCCAUAAUCACGAGGAGAUGAGUGCCGUGAAAGCGCAGCUCCUGUCAAAAUUUGACCACCUUGACGAGCUGUUCUCCAGGAUUGAAGCCUUCGCAGAGGGCAGUGAGCAGCUGCGCGAGCAGAUGACAUCAUUCUGCCAGCAAUCGUGGGAGUUUUCUGCCGAGCUCGAUGCUUCCAUCCGCAGGAGCAUGGAAGACUGCAAGGUGCAGGUGGACUGCAGCCAGAUGCUGGAUGCCAUUUCUACCAUAGCGUCCGCAUUGCCGCCGACGCCAGGCGGGUCUGGGCAAGCGGAGGUCGUGGAGGAGAAUGCCGACUGGUCGCCAGCGCAGUGGACGAACCAUUCGUCGAGAACCGCCGCCGACAGGACCUCGAGCUUCGAUGGCAUGCAGCACGGAGUUGGCGGGAUGGCGAAGCAGCUGGAGGUGAUGCUGGAGCAGAACUACUUUGCUCUGCUGAUGGAGAUUCGCAAGAUGAGCCAGGGCUCUGCAGUGGCGGAGCAGCAAUUUCCAGAGGGCCUGGACCGAUGGACAAGAUUCGCAAGGUUGGUGAGAUCUGCAGCCGUUGCCAACAGGUCUGGCACAGGUGCCGCGUGAUGGAGUCCCAUUUGAUUCGAUGAACUUGGCAGCUCUGUCAGUCUAAGAUAGAGAUGGGGCGCCCAAAGGGUCAUUGCAGUAUGCCGUCGUUCCUGGUUUUCUUCAUCCGCAGGCAAUGUUGAUGUAGCACGCGCCCAGUUCAUGUGAUACACCAGUUCACGGCAGUCGUGCUCUGCUGCCGGUGCGCGGGCGCAGCCUCUUCCCGAUGCGGAGUGCGCUGCCGCGUUGCGCCACGUCGUGGCAGACAGGUGUUUCGGAGGGAAGAAAAAGAA